UUGGCCUGAGCCCCCGUGACUGAGAGAAGGGAGGCGUUUGCCAGGGACUCCGGGGGGAACUCCAUGCUGGAGGGAACCCAGCCCUUGUCGGGACCCAAGCACCCGGCCCUCCCGGAGACAUUGUGUGAGCCGGCUGGGCCUCCAGACGGCCCCUCCCGCCGCCCCAGCCAGGGUGGUGCUGGUGUGGGAGGGACUUUAAAUCCGGCUGCCAGACCCCCGGACGGCAGAGGCAGAGAGGGCUGGCCACCAUGCUCAGCUCCCGCAGCCUCCUGGCGCUGCUGCUCCCGCCACUGCUCCUGCUGGGGGCCGCCCCGGGCCCCGCCGGAGCCCUCAGCGCCGAGGAGAGACGCGAGAUGGUGGAGCUGCACAACCUGUACCGGGCCCAGGCGGCCGCCGCCAACAUGCUGCGGAUGAGGUGGGACGAGGAGCUGGCCGCCUUCGCCAAGGCCUACGCCCGGCAGUGCGUGUGGGGCCACAACAAGGAGCGCGGGCGGCGCGGGGAGAACCUGUUCGCCAUCACGGACGAGGGCAUGGACGUGCCGCUGGCCGUGCAGGAGUGGCACGUGGAGCAGCAGCACUACAACUUCAGCGCGGCCGCCUGCGAGCCGGGCCAGGUGUGCGGCCACUACACGCAGGUGGUCUGGGCCAGGACAGACAGGAUUGGCUGUGGCUCCCACUUCUGCGAGAAGCUCCAAGGAGUGGAGGAGACCAAUAUCCACUUACUGGUUUGCAACUAUGAGCCCCCGGGGAACGUGAAGGGGCACAGGCCCUACCUGGAAGGGACUCCGUGCUCCCAAUGUCCCUCCGGGUACCGCUGCGAAAAUUCCCUCUGUGCAGAACCCAUGAGCGACCCAGAGGAGGUAACUGAGACCCCAUCUUUCCUGGCAACAGAAGCCUCAGACUCUAGGAAAGAGGGCAUCGCCACUUCCCUGGCAACAGAAACUUCAUCCUUCUUGGUAACAGAGGUCUCAGGGCCCCUGGCAACCAAAGCUCUACCUACUACAGAGACCAAGGCCUCAACUUCCUUAGCAAUGGAAGGCCCAUCCUCCAUGGCAACUGAGGUUCCAUCUUCCUUAACAACUGAGUUCCUUCCGAUUUUGGAAACUCACAGCCCGCUCUCCUUGGAUGAGGGAACGGCUACCUCCCCCAAAUCGACCCAUGAUCCCACCUCAAAAGGGGUAGACCAAGAGGCCAGCGAGACAACAAUGCCCUCCACGAGCCCAGAGAAUUCUCUGCACCUCCAGGUGUUCCCGACAGGGACACAAGGGCUGCUACCCCCCUCCCAGGAGAAGGGCAAGUCUGAGGCCGAGUUGCCUUCAUCCAGUGAGGUCUCGGCCCCAGUUCCUCCAGCCCAGGAGGAGCCAAAUGAGCUGCCGGCCACGCUGAACCACGAUGUGCCCAUCCUCUCCAAGUCCCUGCCCGACUUUCUCAACACAGGGGCCACCGCCAAUGCCAUGGGCAGCCGCACCCUGGCCCUGCAGUCUUCCCUUCCUGUAGGUGCAGAGGACCCUGCAGGGUCUGAAACCUAUGCCGGGCUGACCUCGGGCUCCGGCCACAUCUGGGGCCCUCUUCUGGCUCUGCUGCUACUGCCUCCCCUGGUGUUGGCUGGAAUCUUCUGAGGGGUCACUACUCAAAGGCAAGGCCUGGUGCGGGGGACCCUGGCCUCAUGCCUACUCUGGAUCCUCCUCCGCCAAGUGAGAGGCCACAUCUUCCCAGGCAGGUCCUGCUCUGUGGCCCAGCAGCCGCCUCCAACCCAGCUUCCGGCGCUGUCCAGGCAGCGCCUCCGCCUCCAGCGGCCGCCCCUCCACUAGCUCGGACUGAGCGCUCUUCCCGUGGCUGUGGCCCUGCUUUCUAGGGACAGGAGAUCUUGGGGCUCUCCAGGAACCCCUGGCCCCUCCCAGGCCCCUGGCCUCUUCCCGGAGACAUCUGAGUCCCAGCUAUUCCCAGAGGUGCCUCCUGCCUUCCCAGAGUGAGGAGGUCAGCUGCCCUUCUGCCAUCUCCCUCACUCAGUCCCCAGCCCCCCAAAUAAAAUGCUUAGUGGCCAAAGGCCCUCUGGAAGGGAAGGCUGCAGGGCACGCGCCUCGCUCAGACAUCUUACCCGGCUGGCGGUGAGCUCAGGCUGCCGCCUGAGACUGCACAUCUGACCUGGGCCCCUCCUGUGUCAGUCCAGGGGUGAGGGGGGAUUCUGGGGAGACCCCUGCCUGCCUGGCCUGGGUUGACUGCCUCCCUCUUCCUACUUGCCAUGUAGCUGGGGGUGGGGGGGUGGGAGGGGUAGGGGGCAAGUGGACAAGCCCCACCUGGUGGGGUGCUAUGGGUGGGGCAGGCAGACACCAGGAGUGGGAAACAGCUCUGAUUCCUGAAUAAAAGCCUGUGUCAGAUACCCGGUCUCCAUGCUUGCGAGGGCAGGUGGCGCUGAAGAGGCUCAACACCUCCCC